UUGCCUCUAAAUUUUUAUUUUCAGAAUAACAGCUAUGUCUGGGGACUUUUACAUUGGUGGUCGUCAGUUUGACACGCUGUCUGACUUGAUAGGUUACUACACUAAAAUAUCAUACCUACUUAAAGGUGAACAGUUAGUUACCCCAGUACCACCCCCAGAGCCUGUGGAUGACAGACGCAAGGUGAUAGCAAUCUUUCCCUAUUGUAAAAUGCAGGAAAGGGAUGAACUCAGUUUUGAGAAAGGUGAUAUAUUUGUGGUGAAUAAUGAGAUGGGAGAUGGCUGGCUUUGGGUUUGGUCACAAAGGACAGGGGAAGAAGGCCAGGUGUAUGAAGAGUUGGUGGAAGAUCUUAAUGGGAAUCUGGAUCCAGUGGCAAGUUUGCCUUAUUUUCACCCAAAGAUUACCAAAGAUGAAGCAGUGUCAAAACUUAGACAAGCUGGAGCAAACAGCUUCCUAGUACGAUCUAGUGACAAUUCACCCGGCAACUACACUUUUUUUUUCCAUGUAAUCAUUAAUCAUGAUUUUGUUUGUAGUAUGGGUAGUAUAAUAAGCCGUUACAGGAAGGAGGAAAUUGUUGAAGGUCAUACGUUAAAUACACCUGUUUGUAGGCCAAAAAUUGAUCUACCAGAAAAGUUUCCUCUGUUGUCCAAGUUGGAACAUCAGAGUUCUGCUGAAGACAUUUAUGCAUCUAUACGUCUCAGUACAGGUCCUACAAGGCUCAUGGGCAGGAAAGAUAGAAUUGAACGCUCAGGAUAUCUGCAGAAGAGAAGCAAUAAGAGUAAAAAAUGGAAAACUUUUUUCUUUAUAUUGAAUGGCAGUAACCGGGAACUUUGUUUAUUUGAAAAUGAAAAACGCUCAAAAUCAAAAGGUUUGAUAGAUUUAAACUAUAGUGAACUUUACCCAGUUGAUGACAGCUUCUUUGGCAGGCCCAACUGUUUUCAGCUGGUCACAAAUGCUUUACAAGAUUAUCAAAUCUAUUACCUAUGUGCUGAUAGUGCAGACCAAGCUUCGGUAAGUGUAACAACAAAAUAUAUUGACAGGAAUUUCACACUUGAUGAUAUUCCUGGAGAUGUGAAUUUUAUUACUGUGAAGAUUUUCAACCACAGUAAAAGAUCUAAAGAUACAGAGGUGGCUCAUGUAACUAUACCCCUUGUAGAGUUUGAUAAUGGUGAGCUAGUUGAUAAGUGGUACACUCUACAGCCUCACGCUGCUGUCAGAUGUGAUAUGGGCUCGAUACGACUUCGUACACGAUAUAUUCACCAGGUGAUAAUGCCGGAGGAACAGUACACUAGUCUCAAAGAUCUUAUACUUAAUGAUUUUGGAAAUAUUCUCACACUGGCGGAAGUUUGUGGCAAUCACAGAGUAUCUCUUGCUAAAGCUUUGUUGAAUUUAUUCCGUCAUGAGGAACAAGUAAAAGUCUUACUGAAAAACAUCAAUGAUUACUAUAUUGGAAAAGAAGAUGAAGUCUCCACUCUGUUCCGCGGUUCUACACUAGCUACUACAUUAAUGGACCAAUACAUGAAAAUGAUAGGUACAGAGUUUGUACAUGCUGCUAUUAAAGGACCUGUGUGUAAAAUAUGUGAGAGUAAACAAAGCUGUGAGUUAAACUCACAGUUUCUGGAUAAUCCCUCUGAAUUACCUAGCAAUACAGAUCAUUUUGUAGAAUUUCUCACUGAAAUGGUGGAAUCUAUUUUCAAAUCAACAGAAAGUUGUCCCAAAGUUUUACGUUACAUAUGUGGUAGAUUACAACGCACAGUGUCAGCAAAGUGGCCUGAAGAUGAGAGUGUUAAAACCAGAGUAGUUAGUGGAUUUGUAUUCCUUCGUCUUCUGUGUCCUGCCAUUUUACACCCAAAAUCUUUUAAUCUUAUCACUGAAACUCCCUCCGAGACAGCCGUAAGAACAUUAAAGUUGAUCGCAAAAGCUUUACAGAAUCUGGCAAAUCUGGUGGAGUUUGGUGUUAAAGAACAGUUUAUGACCUGUGUUAAUCCAUUCAUUAAAAAUAACAAAGCUAGAAUGGUCGAGUUUCUGGAUAAAUUGUCCAAUGUGCAGGAUUGUGAAGAAGUCCGUGAUAAUGCUAUAGGUGAUUUGUCUCGUGAUUUAGCCACAAUACAUCAGAUCUGUGCCACACAUCGUGAAGAUCUCAGGAAACUCUCAGAAUCACAGCAAUCAACUUCUUUGAAGAGACUCAUAGCUGUGACUGAUAUUGCCACCAAUCAUAAAAAGCAAUACAUGGGUGACACUUGACGACUUGUAUGUCCAUCUGUGUGUGUGUGUAAACUUUGACCUCACUGUGCCAGUCUGUGUUGAAGCUGUUUGGGUAGCUAGUCCCACACUUUUCUCACACAGUAAUUCAUAUACACUACCUCAAUAUUGAUGUCUCAGAAGAUAGAAGGUGGAUUUCUCUCCAGUGUAAACAUAUAUAGCUUUACUGCUUCCCCUCCCUCUCAAUGUGUGUGUCACACCAGUGGAAGAGUUGUCAGUGUAUUACAGAAGAUGUUAAUGAUGGUGAAGUACCAGUGCAUUUAAUAACAGAAUAGUAGAGUUUCUUAAUUUGAGGAGAGACAAGUGCAUAAUACUGAUACAGUUAAACACUAUUGCUGAUACAUAUAGCUAACAAAGAUACCAGAAUGUGCCGUGCCUGUUGGAAUCAGAAAGUGCUUUCAUUCUAUAAGAUAUAGGUAGUUUAUGCGUAUAUGGUACAUAUUUACACCAUAUAUAAAGAUAGGUGAGAGCUAAUGAGACCAAAUGUGCUUCAACAACAUAUUUCUACAAAUCUACAUCUAUACAUACAUGUAGAUAUAGCAAAGAUUGACAGUUUCUAAAACAAGAAGUAUAAAUGUGCUAUUUAAGGGACAUAGUCUACAAGAAGAUGGAUAUAUUUUGUCUACAAAAUGAUUGUUUUAAUUGUAAGCGGUCUAUAUUAUAAUAUGAGUAUAUUAAAAUAGUUUUAAGCUAUUUUCCUAGUCGUCAGCAUAAUAACUGAUGACUUAAAGCCUUUCUAAGAAAUAAAGUUAAAAAUGU